AGUACCGUCAGAUCAGAACUCUAAUUUCUCUUUCCACUCGCCGCCGCCGCCCCGCGGCCCUCCCUCCCGUCUCCUCGUCCCCGUCAAUUGUUGCAGUAGAUUGAAGACGAAAGAGAUUUCUCUUGCUCAGAAGAAGAAGAAAUGGUUGAAGAAAAAGAGAACAAAAGACCAGUGAUAUUUAGGGACAUAAGAAGAUACUAUUGUGAAUACUGUGGAAUCUGCCGUUCCAAGAAGUUCCUUAUCGCCUCUCACAUCCUCUCGCAUCAUCAGGAGGAAUUGAAGCAGAAAGAAGAGGAAAAUGGGCAAGCAAAAGAUGAGCCAAAAAUGAAUACAUGUGAACAUUGCGGUGUUAGUUUCAGAAAGCCUGCAUACUUAAGACAGCAUAUGCAAAGCCAUUCAUUUGAGAGGCCUUUUAAAUGUCUAGUGGCUGACUGUCAUGCAAGUUAUCGAAGAAAAGAUCACUUGACCAGACACCUACUUCAGCAUCAAGGGAAACUCUUUGAGUGUCCUCUUGAUAGUUGCAAAUGUAGGUUUGUUUACCAAGGAAACAUGAAGCGGCAUGUAAAAGAAUUUCACUAUGAUUCUUCCUCAAAUGAUGUUACGAGUCCAAAGCAGUAUGUGUGUACUGAAAUUGAGUGUGGAAAGGUGUUCAAAUUUGCCUCCAAAUUGCGAAGGCAUGAGGAGUCUCAUGUUAAGUUGGACACAGUGGAGGCAUUUUGUGCUGAACCAGGAUGUAUGAAGUUUUUUACAAAUGGUGAAUGCCUCAAGGAACAUGUUCACUCAUGUCAUCAGUAUGUUAUCUGUGAGACAUGCGGGACAAGGCAGCUGAAGAAGAACUUCAAGCGGCACCUCUGCUCACAUGAAGCAGGAUGUUCUCAAUCUAAAGUAAAAUGCAGCUUUGAGGGGUGUCUUCUCUCAUUCUCAAAUAAGUCGAACCUUAAUCAGCAUGUUAAAGCUGUGCACUUGGGGCUGCAGCCAUUUCCCUGUAGAUUUCCAUCAUGUGGCAUGAAAUUUUCAUUUAAGCAUGUGAGAGAUAACCAUGAGAAAUCCGGGCGCCAUGUUUUCACUCGAGGGGAUUUUGAAGAGUCUGAUGAACAAUUUAGAUCAAGACCUAGGGGUGGCAGAAAAAGGCAGUAUCCGGUUAUAGAAACAUUGAUGAGGAAACGCAUUGUUCCACCUUGUGAAUCUGAUCCAAUCUUGAAUGAGGCAUCUGAUUACCUAUCGCGGUUCUUCUCUACGGAAUCUGAGGAUGAGCUUUGAGUCGUGAUCAAGUUCCUGUUUUGUUAAAUCUACGCUGAAUGUAUAUUCUCUCGGUUAUUCUAGUGCCAUAAAAUCUCACCAAAGAUUUACCUUUUUGUAAUUAUAAGCAGAGGGGGUUAAGAAGACCAAAAAGAUGUGGAUGACCGAAUGUUAAUCUGUAAUGGUUAUGUUUAUGUCAUUCGUGCUUCAGUUCAAUGUAUUAAUGGAGAUAGAUUACCAGUUGAA